AUUUCUCCCUCCCACACCAUUUUCCCCCUUCACAUCCCAAAAACAAAAACCAAAAUCCCCAUUAUGCCCCCGAUCCACUCCAGCCCAUUCAUGGACAAUUCCGCCUUCCUGUCCCUCCUCCGCCACACCUCCUCCUCCUCCGCCGCCACCGCCGCCGCCAAACGCCCGAGCAAAUCUUCCUCCGGUGGCGGCGGCGGGCUUCUCAAAAUGUUCAAGCUGUUCCCCAUGCUGAGCUCCGGCUGCAAAAUGGUGGCCCUUCUGGGGCGGCCGCGGAAGGCGCUGCUGAAAGACCACGCCACCACCGGCACCAUAUUCGGUUACCGGAAGGGCAGAGUGAGCCUGGCGAUUCAGGAGGACCCCCAUUGCCUCCCAAUUUUCGUAAUCGAAUUGCCGAUGCACACGGCGGCGCUCAACAAAGAAAUGGCGUCCGACAUUCUGAGGAUCGCGCUGGAGAGCGAGACGAAGACCCACAAGAAGAAGCUGAUGGAGGAAUUCGUGUGGGCGGUGUACUGCAAUGGCCGCAAAAUUGGCUACUCCAUUAGGCGCAAGCAAAUGUCCGACGACGAGCUUCACGUUAUGCAGCAUUUGAGAGGGGUUUCCAUGGGCGCCGGCGUGCUCCCGUCACCGGCGCCGGAGAAGGAUACUUUGGACGGGGAAUUGACGUAUAUGAGGGCCAGAUUUGAGCGCGUCGUUGGAUCCAAGGAUUCCGAAGCUCUGUAUAUGAUAAAUCCCGACGGCGCCGCCGGCCCGGAAUUGAGUAUUUUCUUUGUCCGGUCUCAAUAGAUUUUUUUUUUCCUUAAAAAAAAAACACUCGAUUAAACUCUGAUCUCCAUCUUCUUCUUCGUUUUCCUCUGUAUAAAUAUGUUUCCCUAAACAGAGAAUUCUAUUCCUUUCCUCAUUUUCUUUCUUCUUUUGUUUUUAAUAUAAAUCUUUCCCUUUUUUUA